AUGGGCUCGAUCAACCCGUAUGCUUUCAAGGCCCACGGUCUCUCCGAAGAAGUCCUGUCGUACCAUCAGUCCAUCGAGAUCGUGCUCACCAACUUCAUGCGAUGGGUUGGCCACUCGCCGCUCGUCGCGCACAACAGCCGGUUCGAUAUGCGCAUGCUCUGCCAGGAGUUGCGUCGGUGGGACAUCCCGAUGCACGGCAACAAGGUGUUCUGCACGCUGCGCUACUACCGUGCCAAGUACCCGGGCAUGGCGUACUCGCUCGACGACCUGGCCAGCCACUUCCGCAUUGACCAGAUCAUUGAACGGCGUACACAUGGGGCUUUGGUUGACGCCGAGAUCUGCGCCCGCGUCUAUCAAAAGUUCCUGGACGCCCUCUGA